UUUGACAGUCGCCCUAGAAAGUUCCGUUUGUUUUCUUGCCUUUAGCGCGACAGUGGUGCUGCUGCUGAGCCUCAACAGAGUGUGUGCGCGCGAGUGUAGAUGGUGGACUGUUCCCGGUGAAAAAACAGCGACCCCCCGGCCGCAUUAAAAUGCCUCAUCGCCGCGUAUAAACGGGCGAAACUCCGCGGAGGGGAGAGAGUCAGGUCUCCAGGCAGGUUUAGAGGAAAAUAAAGGCAGGAUGUUGCAAGUUUUAGCUUGUGGCGCCGUAGUUUUCCCCGGUCUCUUUUUCGCAUUCAGGAGAAUCCUACCGUGUGUGUUCAAACACUGGAACGAUGCCGACGUGGUGCUGGUCAGCGAGAGACUGGUGUCCUCCAUCCAUGCCGUCAUGGCAACCACGGCAGGAGCCAUCGUUGUGGCAUCAUGCCGGGACAGCGUCGUUAACGACAGGCACUGGCUGGCCACCUAUUUUGUCAUCUGGUACGGUGGGCCCUACAUGACAUAUGACAUCAUCGCCAUGUACCUAAGUCACUUCCACCGCUUCCGCGUCAAAGGGCACGAGGACUACAAGCAGCAUUCGCUGAGGACCAUAAACUCCUUCAUCCGCAGAGAGUUCCUGCUGGUGUUGCAUCACAUCGCCCUGCUCACAAUCCUGCUGCCUGUCACGCUGUUCUUCAGAAGGGACCAGGGGGAUUUCUUCAUUGGCUGCUUGUUUCUAACAGAGCUCAGCACGCCCUUCGUCUCCCUGGGGAAGAUACUUAUUCAGCUCAGCCUCCAGAACUGCUGGCUGCACAAGGCCAAUGGCGGUAUGGUACUGCUCACCUUCUUUAUGUGCCGCAUCGCCCUCUUCCCCUACAUGUACUGGGUGUACGGCCGCCACUACGGCAUCCCGCUCUACAGCGUGCCCUUCCACCUGCCGCUCUCCACCAACCUGGGCAACGUGUGCAUCCUGGCGCCGCAGGUCUACUGGUUCGUCCUUCUUUGCCGAAAGGGCUUCCGUCUGUACCGGCGUAGCCGUAUGCCAGACUCGUCUCCUGCGGCCCCUGUCACUGACAAUCCCAAGGAUGAUUGAUAUCCAGUUCACGAUUGCUCGCUCAAGCCGCACACUCAGCUACUAACGCAACUACUUCUGCAAAGGCACUAGUUUGACUUAACACAUUUCAAAUCCCACCAUUGAACUGUAGUACACCAGGACUGCCUGCUCUUGUCCCACAACCCCAUGGGCAUUUUCCGCACACUUUAAAUCCUCCGUUUCAAAAAUCUGCUGCCUAAGUGGACCUCUCCACCUAUCCAGCUCUACUACUGAAGUUUGAUGAUUUCUUGUUUUUGUUUUUUUGGGGAUUUUGGCUCUUGCCUGGAUCUUUUUGAAGUGCUACACUGCUUACAACACUGAAGAAAGGUCACGUUGGCGUAAAAGAGCUUCCAUAGGGAGACAUUAUCUUAUCGCCUACUCCUACUGUGUUUACAGCCUCUGCUGAUUUGGAAGGUCUGUUACAGUGUAUGUGUGAGUGGCUGUUACGACAGGUUGUAUUUAUUUGAAUGAUUUUACUGUGCUGUGUCAGGAUAGUUGCGCUUCCUCUCCCAUCCAUUCACUCAUCCCACCGACGAGAAGAAUUACGAAAAGUGGUGGGUGGGGGUGCAAAUUCAGGCAGUAUUAGGAAUAAUUGUGAGGAAUACAUGUCACCUCAUUUACAUUUGAGAGCUUAAAACGGCUACAUUUGUUACCACCCAGUUAAUGUGACUUUUCACCCCCCCCCUGUUCAUUUUGUUCGUAGUUUCCAUACAGCAUGUUACCGGUUGUUUUCUCCCGUUUGUUAGGCCACAGGGAAGGGGGGGUGAUGGGGACGUGGUGAUGCCUAAUGUGUGAUGAACUCAGGGCCAAGGUUAGAGCAAUAAGGUGAGCGGAGGCUCACCAGGGCAAACGUAUACAGAGGAUUGCAAUUCCUAAGCAAUCUGCUACAAAAAAAACACUGAGGAUGUCAGGAGUGAUUAUUCCUGAAACUGAUCAUUAACAUCCAGUAACUGCUGUGUUUUCCCUGAGGCUCCACAGAUUUAUAUGCACUUGUGUAUCAGCUGUUGCAUUGAGCACUUCACACGGGGCUGUAUAUAUUUAAUGUUUUAGUUUCAUCACAAAAACAAAGAGUUUUAAAGCUUAAACCUAUAUCUCAACAUCGUGAUUGGACCUGAGAGGACUUUUUUUUUUUUUUUUUUUUUCUCUCAUGCAAAGCAUUUUUUUGUUGUUGCUUGAUUCACAGUUGCAUAAAGACAUUUACCUUAAAGGCAUUUAUGAGACAAAAUCACAUGCUUCACUUUUGAUCUUAAGAAUAUUAUUUCUUCAUAUCAAGAAAUAAAUAGAAGAUAUUAUUUUCAUAGGAAUGCGGUGGGGUUAGUUUCGUUCACAAUCUAAACCCUGAAGUUAAUUGAACAAAUAAUAAUCAUUUUGGUCAUUCAAGCUUUGUAGUGAACUAAACUGAUUUAAGUGUGCGUUUAUGAGCUUUUUUAUUUUUUAUGUCCUGCAAUUUCAAUCUAUGCAAAAAAGAGGCUGCGGUGCAUGUAUACAACACUAAUGUCAAGUAAUAUCAAAUUGAUCCACGCCUCAGUAUGUUCUUUUCUGGGACCAUACAUUUAUUUCUCCUGUACAUUUCUACUGGGACUUCACACUACAAAUCAUGGUCUCAUGUUGCAUUUUAGUUGGAAGUUAAAAAGGUCUUUGCUUGUCUUUUAACUUUACCUCAGUGUUUUUGAUUCAUUUAAAUUCAUGGAAUGCGAGGAAAAAAAGGUGUAUAUUUAUCAUUAGUAGUUUUUGUAGCAUUCAACAACACGUUUACUAAUGUUUGGAUACUGACUUGAUAGGCCUGUCACUUUAAAAAAAGAAAAAAAAAGAAAUCAAGUUUGAACGCAACUAAUACGAACAUCGAUCCAAUUAGAAUUGCUAUGGCCACCGAGCUAUAUAUAGGUUUUGUUGUCAUGAUAAUGUGACUGUAAGGCAGGCAAUUGCAUUUUUAAAAGACAUCAAACUGCUUUACCUUUUAUCCAAUAUUUUUUUUAAUCUUUAGUUUUGAUUCCAAAAUGUUUCCACACAAUUUCGUCCUCUUUGCGUUUAAAGCGAGCCUACGGAUGUAACUUUUGCUGAGCUGUGAAUAGAGUGUGGGAUCGUUGUGCAUGCAAAAACGUAGCUUGACACUAGUACAAGUAAAGAAAAGUCAUAUCGGACGGACUCCGUAAUGUCAGACAAUAUCUAUCUAAAGUUUUGUAACAUUAGCAGCCACCAUAAGCUACUGGUCAUACCAGACCAACGAAGGCUGUAGAAGCAAAUCCCCCGAGAGUGUUGAAUUAUGAGUGAAUGAGUGCGGGUGCUUAUGAAUUCACCUUUUCUAUUAAUUUCUUCUUUCACAAGUUGCAUAGUCUCGCUUUAACGAAGACAACAAUUGAGUGGUUUACAAAGAGACUGUUCAUUUUAGAAAGUCCCCCCCCACGUUGAUGUACAAGGCCUGGCCGGUUGAGUUUACUUUCUAUACUGUGAAAUUUGGAUUAUACUAGGGCUGAACGGUUUUGGGAAAAAAAAUCGAAUUGCCAUUCUUUCUUCUGUUCGGUUUGCGAUAUUUAUUUUUAGCUAGUUAAAUAAAGUAAUGCAAAAUAAAUGAAAGAUCCACUGAAAAUGGGACAUUUCUGUUACCGAUUUGUGAUAUGUAACAUUAUUCCAGCCUGUAUCUUAUGAAAAAAUAGUAAAUAUAAUAAAAAGAGGAAUAGAAAAUGUUAAACUGAAUGAUACACCAAACAUUUAAAUAAUUCACAUUUGAUUAAUCGCGGUCUUCACGAUUUAGCUUAAUCGCAUUCUUUCAAAUCGCGAUUACGAUUUUAUAAGGAUUAAUCAUUCAGCCUUAGAUUAUACAAAUAGAAAUAUUUAUACAUAUUUGCUCUUAUACAUAGUGACACCGCCGUGUCUUGAGGGCUCUUUUAAUCCUCAAAUUAAAUUGUUCCCUGAAGGAAUUUUCAUCUUUCAAGCAUCAAGACUGCUAAGCAGACCAGCUGUUGCAUUGUGGGUUCUGUAGUGUUGCUGUGACCUGUGUGGGGGAUCUUGUGGUUCUGCACUGCACUAUGGCAAACACAAGUGGUAUCCAUGUCUGGUGGGAGUAGCAUUGUAGGGAAAAGGUGAUGAGUCGUGAUCUUGGUAGACGCACAGCCCGUUUGCUGACGAGUAGCAUGAGGAGGAGGAGGGAGCAAGGAGAGCCGAGCUGCUGAAUGAUGGGCUCGUUUUUUCUCGUUUGGCUGGAGUCCAGCAGAGUGCAGGCCUCUUUUGUCCUUUGCUGACCAGGCCACUGUUAUUGGAAACAUUCCAGGUUCUUUGUGCUGCUUUCAGCCGAACUCUCCCACUGUCCUGUUUACCCUCAACUUCUUACACGCACUUGUCUCCCAAUAUGUAGUGGCGUAAAUGAAAUGGUGGUUAGCUCUGACCUCUAGCUACCAAGAAAGACAUUUUAUUUACAUUAAUAAGACGUUAUGUUCAUCCAUUUUAUUCUUGCACUUUAGUUUUAUAAUUUAUCCGACAGCGUGUCAGAAGUCUCCACUUUCACUGUAGUCAAAGCCAAUGCUUGUCACUUCGGUCAACAUUUUUAUUUUAAAGCUGCAGGUCAUCCCUUCUUAAUAUGUCUGUCACCUACUUCUUAUUGCCGAUGUUUCCUCCCUUGCAUCCUCCCAUCGUGCUCUGCUCUCUUUCCUUUAAACUCAUCUCAGUCUCUUGGCGGAUGUGCUCUGCAGUGAUACAAAGUAGCUGGUUUGCCCACCUCCCUCCUCUCUGCUGCCAUCUGUCGUCAGGAUUAUCUGCUUGUCCACUCAGCAGUUUACAGGCAGGACCAGUUGGGAUUAGUAGACCUAUGCGGGCAUUUCCUAUUGAAACUGCAUGUCUCCUAUGUAGUGUGCCGCAUUCAGAUACAUGCAUCUCCAUUGUCAUGCCACCAUGACCUCACCUUCUACUUAAUACACUGACAAAACUGACACAUGGCUUUGUUUGAAUGCUUUUAUGUCAUCCCUUAAAGCGCGAUAUUGAUUUGAUUAAUGGUUGGUGUUAAGGAUUACUUAAAUCCGACCAUUUUAACACCGACAUUUCUGCCAAAAUUUCAUUCUUGUUUUAUCUCGGGUAGAAAAGCCAUUGAAAGAGCAUUUAUACCAUCAUGACAAAACAAUUUAAGGUGUAGUAGCAGCUCCUUAGCACCCUAAAGUUGAGCCUGUUGUGACAGUUUUUCAAAAUCAUUAAACUCCCCUUUGAACAAGGUCUAUUUGACAGGAAAUAGGUGAGAGUCUGAGAGAAUAUAGAAAAUGUUAACAUUCCACGAUUUUUUCGUAACAUUUUCCUCAAUUUAAUUAUCAAAAGUUCCCUUUUUUGUUUGCUCUCUUAAGCAGUUUAUUCUUUCUUUUCAUUGUGUCCAUCUGCUAAUUAAGAAAGCGAAAUUAUAUAUUUGUAAGUGACGGUGUCCAAAAUUCAAAUGUAUUUUCUAUAUCUGCAAAUUAACCCCCAUUUAUAAACUGAUGACCUUGAUUUGCCGCUUCAAUUUUACUAAUAAUAAAAAAAAAGAAAUCCGAUUUAAUUGGUCUGAUCUGAUCACACUGACCUGACUAAAGUUAUUGUAACUUUUAUAGCCAAUGGAAGACGGGCCUCAUUAUUCCCAUCGCUAGGAAUCUGGAUGGCAUAAAUGGCAUCUGAUCCUAAAUCUGUGAAUCCCUCAGUAGGAAUUCUAAAAGGUUCGAGUCAUGCAGAGUACACAUAUCUUAACCGGUAUUCUUUUGUUACUUGAUAGAUUCUUCUUAUCGAAAGUCUUAAGUUCAUCUUUGCUCAGGGUUUGAUGAAGUUUGAUGAAGUUGUUAACAUAUGCGUGUGUGUGUGUAUAGAGGUUUAUUGUAAGAUGAUGAAAUUGUGAGACUGAUUCUGAAGAUGAUCACAUCUAGAGUGGUAUGGUGUUUCUUUUCUAAAUUAUAUUUUUAAAGCGUUUUGUUUUCCAUUAUAGAUUUUUCUUGUAUUAAUGCUUUCUGACAUGGCUUGCGAUACUUCAACUUCUAAGGGUUGGUAAACCAAAGACUGUCAGGCACUUCAGUUAAUCACAGUAACCGUAGUGAUAUGAAGUGAGAUCCAUUUGCUUCUCUGUAUUUUUAGACAUGCCGUAGAUGAUUUGUCUUAAUAGCUAAGUGACCCACUUCUCACUUAAAAACAUAACUACGCUCCAGUCUCACGUCUUUCUUUGGGUCCUAGAGUGUGACCAACAUGUUGAGUUUGUGAUGGACGUUACCUCGAAGGAUUUAGUGGAUACUUGCCAAGUGUUUUAGGUAAUUCUCCACUAACACACACACACACACACACACACACACACACACACACACACACACACACACACACACACACACACACACACACACACACACACCAUUUAAGUUUAGUCUAUGGGGCAGUGACAUUUUACUCCGUAAUUUGAGCACAUUGGGUUUGAAACUACAUAAUGAUUAUACUGAUAAAGUUUUUGCAUUACACAGUAAACGGACACAUUAAUGUAAAAAACCAGAUGCUUUGUAUUCCUUGUACUUGUAUGUAAGAAUAGAAUGAGAAUGGGAACAUGGACACCAAAAUAACACGUGAACCGAGAUGGCUGUGUCACCAUGCUAACGCUAUUUAGCAUAGGCCUACACUAUGCUGAGCAGUAGUCCGCUUCUUGGUAACACUAUUUUGAGUGAGGGUUCACUCCAUGCUAACACUUCAGCAUCGGUUUUAUGUUGAGUGGAUGUAGAGUUCAUGCUAAUAAUUUAUCUUUACAUUGUUGAGUCGUAUCAAGCUCCAAGCUAACAUUUAAUAAGUGUUAAGUGGUGGUUGAUGAAAACUUUAGCACAGGCCUACACUACGCUGAGCAAUGGUCAGUUCUUGCUAACGCUAUUUUGAGUAAGCAUAUACUUCAUGCUAACACUUUAGCACACAGUACUACUGAGUGGAUAUAUGCUACAUGCUAACACUUUAUCUUGAUAUGAUAGCAAGCAUCAUCAAACGAACACUUUAUAUAUGUUGAGAGGUAGUUGACUCAAAGCCAACACCUUAUCACACACUAUGUUAAGUGAUAGUAGGCUCCAUGCUAAUCAUUCAGCCUGGGCCUAUGCUAAAUUAGUUAGCUUCCAUUAAGUUCAGCUCCCAUGAGACAUUGACAGCCAUGGCAGAUGGGAGAUGUUGGAUGCUAACACCUUUUCAGAAAUGCAUAUUAAAGAAACUGUCUAUGACAAGAAACCUUUUAGGAACCGAGAAUGGAAAUUAUAAAUGGGGCAGGACUUUGGCUUUCUUUAUGGCUAAGGGUUGUUGCCAAUAAUGCUGAAAUGUAAAACUCCCCAAACUAUUUCUGUUUUUAUUGAGUCUAGAACUAUGUGAGAGCUCCAUAUCAUCUGCGGGCAUAUGGCAUGUUUAUUUUAAAGGUGCUGGAAAUAGCACAAUGUUCAACAAACGUGGCAAACGUUUGGUGUCUAUGUUCCCAUCAGUGAAGUCAAGACAUAUUUAUUCAUGCAUUAAUUGUCAUUUUACAUCCAAAGUAAUACCAACAUAACAAAGAAAAUAUGCUACCCAGUAUGAAGUUUUGGGAAUGAUAACUGGAAUGGGAAUGAUAACCCCCUCUCCUUUUUACCCCUGCUCCAGUUGAUUCUGUUUUUGCCAUCUCUCACAUAGUUUGACAACAUUUAUGACCAUGAUGGUCAGGUUUCAAAAUUAACACCAUCUACCAACCAAAAUGCUGGUAAAAUAUGCAAGUGGCUGGCAGAUUUGCUUCACUCACCAGCCAAAAAACAUUCACUAGCAAUUUGGCUGGUGAACGUAGAAGUUAAUUUUGAACCCUGAUGAUGGUCUUUGGUGACCCAUCGGAGCACAGCUCCUCUUUGCACAACUGUAAAGACAAAGAUUUAAAUAAAUUGAUAUGAAAAAUUUUGUUUUGGCGCUGUCAGGUGGAACAGUGAAGUCAGUCCCUGGUACCUCCUUUCCCAUCGCAUCUGAACGGCAAGCUGCGAUUGACCGUUGAUCCAUUUAUGAACCUAUGACUGUUUUGUCUGACACAGCGACCAUCUCAAAAGGCAUAAAUAUUGUGUAGUGUGAGCCCGGCAUUAGUAGUUAUAACAAGUGAUACGUAAUAUUAUGCAGGGUGUGUCAUUACCCAGUUGGUGUCUGUUGCAAAAUGUUUUCAAACAGCAGAAAAUGCACACAUCAGUAGUUCAGGAAAAUCACCUCUACCUAUAACAUCAAAAUCGGUGUCUUUAAACACAUAGCAACAAUAUUUAGUUGUUUGUUUUUCUUCUGAUAUGAUGUGAAUGCGGCAUUAGGCUGAUGAGCUGCACGAAAGUUAACUUUGAGACAUGUUAUCGUACAGAUUUCGGGUGAGCUUGGAUUUCGAGCGCUGCAAAUAAACAACUGUUGCUGUAACUGAUUUUGAUCCGUGGACAGUGAACCAAAUUUGGUCUCCAGUGCCUUGUGAAAAAUCGAUGUGUGAUACCCACAAAAGUCGUGUGAAAGAGCUAAGCUGGCAGGCGGUGUUUACAGGUUGUGGCUGUUUUAUUAUUAUCAUCAUCAUCAUAUCCUUAAGAACAUGUUUGUCAUUUUGGUGUUCACUGCAAUCAUCAAGAAAAGUCUCAUUGUUUGUUUAAAUCAUAUCAUUCAUAUUUUAACUGGUUGAAACUAUUAGAAAUUGCUAUGCAUUUACUACUAGAAUGAGAAUAAAACUUCCUUUUGAUUCUGAUGAAAUUAAGGCCUUCAUGUUAUGUUUUAGCAUUUCAUAUUUUGUAGCAUUUAAUCUAUAUUUUCAAAGUAUCAAGCAAAUCCCAUAAUGCAUCAUUUGAGGUCGAACACCUUUUAAAGCAUAGAUAAUUUGUGAAUUUGUUUUCUGUGUUUCUGUUGUUUUAGACCUUUCAUCUGUCGGGUUGAUGGGACGUGUUGUGUUUUGGAGAUUUGAGUUUGAAUCUUGACUUGCUGUCCAUUUUACUCACUGUUCUGCCGACUUAAAUGCAGCACCUUCACAACCUCACAACACGUCUUGCCCCACAUUAUUUUUGAUAGCGUUCUUAUUUUUCAUACAUAUAGCCUAUAUAUCAGAUUUGAUGCAUUUGUCUUUUUUUUUUUGUAGCGUGACCUUUUUUGGAGGAAAUUUCUGAAAUCUGAAAAGAGACUGGACUGUUUUACGAAAUAGCUUAAAACUAUUGAUGUGAGAGGAGUUAUGUACUGUAGCUGCAACUUGUGAAUUCAGAGCACCCCUUUAAAAUUCAAUAAAUUUGAUUUGAUAGACUGUUUUGAA